UUCGAUAUUUAUUGCGCACAGCCGAAAUUGCGCUGACUGGCUUUUGUUUUGAUUAAUUGAUUUGUUUAAAUUUCACAAGUGAAGCACAAUGUUGGAAUGUCCUUAUGCCGAAAAGUGCUAUCGCAAGAAUCCUAUACACUUUAAGGAAUAUACACAUGCACAUUUGGACGCUAUUUAUGCUAAGGCUGCUGGCCAGCAGUACGAUAUACCUAGCAAGUAUGACAGAGAGCUUAUUGAUAUACAGCUAAAACUGCUGGAGAAAUUGUUUCCCAAGAAGGAGUCAGUUAAUAGCACUGCUAAUGCGCCUAUAGCCAGCACUAGUCAGCCGGCUGCUUCAAUUAGCCAGCCGGUUACUGCUACUCGCCAACCGGCUCCUGUUAAUAUCCAGCCAACUCCCGACACUAGCCAGCCGAGUACCAGCCGAGACAACUCCAAUUUGGCCAAAAAACAAAAGCUUACCGAUCGUAAUAUUCGCGACUAUAUACCUGUGAUCAUAGAACGUGGAGGAAUGGCCAAGAAACUGGAGCAAGCGGCGCCCUACAAUAUGUUUCUCACAGCCAUUACAGAUUCGAGGCCCACACACCAGGAGCCUUUAAGCGUGACUCUGCAAGAAAUUUUGGAUGAAAGUCUGGGAGAGAUUGAAUCUACAGUACAAAUAAACUUUAUGGUGGACAUAGGCUGGCUGCUGGGUCAUUAUUACUUUGCAGGUAUACUUGAAAAACCUUUACUUGUGCUCUAUGGAGAUGAAUCUCCAGAGCUGCUGGGUAUUGGCAAAUUUAAGCCGCAAGUGACAGCCAUCAAGGUCAACAUGCCUACACCCUUUGCCACUUCGCAUACCAAAAUGAUGCUUUUGGGCUAUGCAGAUGGUUCCAUGCGUGUAGUUAUAUCCACUGCUAAUCUUUAUGAGGACGAUUGGCAUAAUCGCACGCAAGGCUUAUGGAUAAGCCCAAAACUAACGCCUUUGCCAGAGGGAGCGGACACAGCAGCUGGCGAGAGUGCCACUGGCUUUAAGCAGGAUCUUAUGCUGUAUCUGGUGGAAUAUAAGCUUAGUCAGCUGCAACCUUGGAUAGCACGCAUACGUAAGAGCGACUGCAGUGCUGUCAAUGUUUUUUUUGUAGGCUCCGUACCUGGUGGUCAUCGGGAGAGCACAGUACGCGGUCAUCCUUGGGGCUGUGCGCGUCUGGGUUCGCUGCUUGCUAAGCAUGCCACGCCCAUUGAUGAUCGCAUACCAGUUGUCUGUCAGAGCUCCAGCAUUGGCAGUCUGGGCCCGAAUGUUCAGCCUUGGAUACAACAGGAUUUUGUCAACAAUCUACGCAAGGACUCUACAACUGUAGGACGUCUACGUCAGAUGCCACCUUUUAAAAUGAUUUAUCCGAGCUUUGGCAAUGUAUCACGCAGUCAUGAUGGCAUGCUAGGUGGUGGCUGUCUUCCGUAUGGCAAGCAGACGAAUGAUAAACAACCUUGGCUCAAGACUCAUCUGCAGCAAUGGAAGUCUAGCGAUCGUCAUCGCUCCCAAGCCAUGCCGCAUAUUAAGACCUAUACGCGUUUCAAUCUGGAAGAUCAGUGCGUCUACUGGUUUGUUUUAACCUCAGCGAAUCUCUCAAAGGCCGCCUGGGGUUCUUUUAAUAAAAAUUCCAACAUACAGCCUUGUUUGCGCAUAGCCAACUAUGAGGCAGGCGUUUUGUUCUUGCCCAGAUUUGUGACUGGCGAAGAGACUUUUCCUUUGGGUAAUUCUCGCAAUGGAGUGCCAGCAUUUCCUUUACCGUACGAUGUGCCUUUAACACCCUACGGUGCCGAUGAUACACCCUUUCUUAUGGAUUAUUUGCAUUGCUAAGCUCUGCUCAAUUGUUGUUCAAAUAAAUACCUAUCAAUA